UGUGAAUGAUGUGUUUAUCUGAAAACGGUGCACGAAGGCUAUAACGAUAAAGUGCAGUACAUAUAAGAUCGUUGAACGACGACGUUUACCAAAUAAAUAACAUAUUUUUGUACAAUUUGGGAAUCAGUUCAGUUUUUUUCCAUCUGCUUUCAUCCGAUUUUGCUGUUCCGGUAAAUCGUAUUUGAUUGCUGAUUAACGACGGUUAUUUACAUCUACUUUAUAACAUCUGCUCCGCUAUUAUUUGAGGCAGAAAUUCGGUGAAAGUGUUAAAAAAGUAAAAAAAACGGAGAGAUUAAAAUUUAUUUAAAAAUUUAUAUAUUUUGGAAAAAUAAAAUAAAAAUUGAUAUUGAUAUCAAAACGACGGUCGAAUUUCAAAGAUUUUAAUAAAAUUGGCAAAUUUGCUUUGAAUACAAAUAAGAAAUUAUCAGAAGUGGUGGAGAUUUUUAAACGAAUAUUAUUUAAGCGCAACCGAUUCAUUCAGCUGUUUUUUUAAAAAACAUUUUCGUGUUGUCGAUAACCGGGCCCAAUCAAUUCAGUAAGCAUUUUGCAGAGAAAAUACAAGAAAACAAGAUCAACAUUACAUCGAGGAGCGCAUAACGCAUAUGCUGUGUGUUUUGUUGUUGCUGUCACAAUAACUAAAGUGCUGAGUGCAAUCAAUGCGAGAGCAUAACCAAAACGAAGUCAGAGGGAAAGAACGAGCGAGAGAGAAUUGGUCGAUGUAAGCAAAUGAAUGUGUAACAACGUUGAAUCGACUUUUGUCAAAUUAUAUUCAGCAGCGGCUAGCAUAUAAACAGACGCACACAUUAACACAAUCCGAGACGUAUUCGAACGUGACAGAGAUUCGGCGAAACAGUGAAGGUAUUGUUGGCCAACGCACCAUAACAAUUUCAUUUCGUGGGCAAAGUCAAAGUGAAUCGCUGUGGCUGAUCAAAAUUACAUUUUGAUUCGAAUUAAUUUGAAGUGAUUGUGUGGGUUGAUUAAAUGAUUGUGUAUCGAUAGGUAGCUUAAAAUUAAACAAACAAUCAUAAAUGUCAAUCCGAAUUUUUUACAAAUCGUAUCGUAUGACCGGCAAAUGUUACAAUUAAUGUUGUCAUCCUUUUAUCAAAGCGAUUCGUUCAUCAACACCAAGUAGAAAUUCAACAAAUUAAAAAUAAUUCUCGUAUGCAUUUAUGUAUUUCGACCGUUGAAUGUAUGCUGUCCAAUCGGGAAAACUGUGUUCAAUUUAAAUGCUCAUUAUUUUCCGUGCUCUUCUGACUCAUAUUGAAGGAGUGAUUGUGUAUUUAAAACGGUGCACAAACGAUAAACCGAUAACAAAACAGUAAACAAAAACUUUAAAAUUGUUCAAUUGGUGUUAGUUAAAAAUAAAGUUUAAAGUCAAAAUAAAUAAAACGUCAAAACGAAAUUCCAGAAAAUUCACAUAAUUAAUGGGCAAUCGCUUGCUACAAAUAAAGUGUUAUUGUGACUGAAAAUUAUCGAGAAAAUUGAUUAAAACCACAUCGGUUUAAGCGUAAAUUAAUAAAUAUAACAAUUGUUUUGGGAUUGAAAAGAAAAGAAAAACGAAAAUCGAGUUAAAAUGGAUCCAUCCGGGAGAGAUUCACGUUAUAAUUUGAACUAUAGCAUGAGCAUUGGUUUGUCAAUGGGUGAAAAUCCCGACAUUUAUGGCCAAACAAAUCCGUCAUUGGUGCGGCCGCCAAGUGGCUUAAGCCAAUCGAUGAAUCGAGGUGGCAGUGGUAGUUUGAUGGGCACAAAUGCACAAUGCGGUUCAAUGUCAAAUAGUCGUGGUAUCAAACGCACUAGCUCUGAUUGUUAUGAUGACCGAAGUGGAAUUGGUUCACAAAGUCUGAGUCAAUUGGAAGGAUGUCAAGGUGGUGUGCCAGAUGUUGUUGAUGACAGUUACACAACACUGCAGAAAAAGUCACCACCGGCCAAUGGUAAAAAGACGAAGGGUCGCGUGAAAAUCAAAAUGGAAUAUAUCGAUAAUAAACUUAGACGAUACACCACGUUCUCGAAACGAAAAACCGGAAUCAUGAAAAAGGCGUAUGAGCUGUCCACAUUGACUGGUACACAGGUUAUGUUGCUAGUUGCAUCGGAAACUGGUCAUGUGUAUACGUUUGCAACGCGUAAGUUGCAGCCAAUGAUCACAUCCGAGGCCGGUAAACAAUUGAUACAGACUUGCUUAAAUUCACCGGAUCCGCCGAGCGGUGCAUUGACAGGCGAUCAACGUAUGUCAGCAACUGGAUUUGAAGAGACCGAACUCAGCUACAAUAUCGGCGACGACGAUUCAAAAGAUGACCGUUCGCCUUUGUCGUCAGGUGAAUCGAGCGAUGAAUCGUCAAGUGUUGAAGUGGCCGGUCCAAGUCAUCAUAUUCAAGAGCAAAUUGGACGACGUCAAAGACAUCCACCACAUCAAUCCACACCGGUCACAAAGAAACAAGAGUCACCCCAACAACAAUCACAGCAAAUUCAAGUUCGUGACGAACUGGGCAAAGCGUUCGCAAAUAAUAGCAAUCUGAAUAGUCUUCUUUAUCCGCAAGCUUUAGUCAGUCUACCGCAAGAAGUGCUCAUGAAUCUGGUUCAAAGUGGUCAUCUACAGGUCGGAGAAGAAGAAAAUGGACGCCAAUUUAUAUCAAUACCACAAAUGUCGAGUAAUUCAAGCGAAGGUGGAGGAACGUCAAGUGGCAGCUCCAGCAAUAGGAACAGUAAUCAUAACAACUCUAAAAAGUCGGGGACCUGAAAAUUGCUUAUCCGAACAAUUGAAUCUUAUAAUGCAUAUGUAUUGAUUAUGAACAAUGCUGUUUCAUCAUUUGAAUUGAGUCUCUUCUCUCUCGUCAUGGGAUUGGCUCAAAAUGCUUUCUUAAGUUUUUUCUCGUUCGCCCAAAAAGUUUCAAUUAACCAUUUCUAUUUUCUCACCCAAAUGUAUAUAAGUCAAGUUAUAUCAUGACAUUUAAUUUGGAAUGCAUGUCAUUUCAAUGGAGUCCUCUGUGAAAUAGGAAUAAAUUCAAUCGCCAAAUCUCUAUAACAUUAUCGAAUUUCAAUUGUUCAGAGCUUAAUUUAGUCGUUUUUAUUUUCUUUGGAUAGCUCUGCAAAUAACUGUUGUCUUUUGGGUUGUCUUACUCAAAUCGUCGUUCGAUUAGAUACUAACCAAUAUUUUUUUUAAAUACCGAAACAUUUUCCCGAAAACACUUUUUCCCAGAAUGCAGAAAAUCUUUUUGGAAAAAUUCCCGUUCGAUCGGGAAAAAAGUAUUUUCGGAAAAUGUUCUGGCAUUCCAACAAUUUAUUGUUAGAAUUGUUAUUCAAACAAACAAAAAAGAAGUUCAUUUGAAAUGACCAAAUUAAUAAUUCGAAUAAUAAUAAUAAAAAAGAAAUUUUUUUGAAUCGACCAAAAAUGAACUUUUUAGAAUAUUCAUUAUUUUUUAUAAGUAGUAAACACGCCGAAAUUGUCUUUCGUUUGUUGGUGUGAUUUGCCGACGAAUGUUUGAUAGAAUUUUUUUUGCCAUAAAUAUGCCCAUUGGACAGUGAAGUAUGGCCCAACCGGCUAAGCCUAUGAAGAGACAAAAUGCGAAUUCCCCUCAUCUGUGCCAUCUUGUAUUCCAUAGUUGAACUCAAUUUAGU